AUGGGACAAUCACUGGCUGCAGAACAUUCCCAUCUCUUCCUAGCUCCACCAACCUCUAUUUCCUAUCCAAUCCCAUUUCAAUCACGAGAUGAUUUCACUCAAGAUGCUCAUCAAUUCCGAAUUGAUUUCCAUUCGGUGAGUCAUGAGGAUUAUCAAAGGAGUUUCUCAACGAAGGGAUUCUAUGUAAGAUCGUGCGUGAAUUUCAUGAAUAAGGAGGAGCAAAUUCAACAAUGUAGAACAGAAUUACAAGAUGAAAUUGCUAAAUUAUUAGAUGAUCAUGAUAAGAAGAAUAAUUCGGAAUUUACAACUCGUGAACAACGAGUGAUGACGAAAAUUGUGGAGAGGGAAAUUAAUUUGGCUAGUAAUCGAUUAAUUCAAUCCAGUGAAGCCUUUGCAACCAUUCCUCUGCAAAGAGUGGUCGAUAAUUAUUAUAUAGAAUUUGAAAAACAAGUAAUCAAACCACUUGAAGGCUUGGAGCAAGGCUUUGAAAAGUGUUUUGUAUUGUUUUAUGAAACUCUAUGGAAACAAGUAGUAGUUAAUAGAAGUUUUGAUGAAGGGAAUAAUGAAAAAGUGAACACUGAUGGACAAGAAGAAGUAUAUUUUGAUAUAGGGAUGAAAAUAACAGAGAGAGGAAAUCAUGUGGAAAUUAGUUAUUGGUCAUUGAUGGACUAUCAUGGAACUUGUGAAAGAAAGUUGACUAUUCCAUAUGAUUUGAAGAAUAUGGCAUCGAUUUUUAAAGAAUUAUUGGUUAGAGAAGACAAGGAGAGAGUUGAACCUAUUUCAGUAUUCAAUUUUUUAUUCAAAAUGAGCUUGUUGAUUGAAAAGAUUAAAUUUCUAACCCUUGUAGAUCAAUGCAAGAGUAAGGAUAGUAUUUUACUGAAAAGUAUCUGCAUUAAUAGAUGCUUUCUUGAUAGGGAUACCAUUUUAAAUGUUGAUGAGGAAAGAGAUUUGACGGAUGAGGAGAAUGAUAUUAUUUUUCAAAAUAGUGUGGAGAGGUUCGAGAUUCAACGAGAGAAAACAAUUGAAAAAAUUGUGAGUGAGCAUCUUGGUAAAAUCAAGAUCAAGGAUGAAGGAAUUAACUUGGUUUGCAAAAAGGGAAUAAUAGAGAAGAAACGUGAAGAGCUUACUGAGGAAUUUUUAGGAAAUGAAAGAUUAUUUAUUAAUAAUGAAUUGAUUUUACACAGUCAACCUGUCAAGGAAAUUCCUCUUACUGAAAAGAUACCACCUCAAUAUUUAUUCGAACCAAUUGAAAUACCAAAGGAGAAGAGACAGGAAAAAUUCGUAGAUUUUGUCUACAAGACGAGAGGUUUCAAGGUUCAAUCUGAUCAGCUACUUGACGAUAUGAGGUUUUCAAAAAUUAUCGAUAGAAAUACUGUCAAAAGAGAAAAGAAGGCAGAAGUACCCAAUUUCAAUCUUCCAGUUACACCAAAAACUAGCCAAGAUAAUGGAGUAAUUGCUAGAACGGCAUCAACUCUUAUUUCAGAAUAUCUAAGAAAUGUUUCACUAAGAAAUUUUGCCUUUGAACAAUACAAGAAUGACAGAUUGAGCAUUAUGCAAAACAGACUCGGAAACGUUGGUGGCAGAGAUCACUUUACAACUUUGUUAAUCAGAAGAAUGAGAAAUCGAUUGAAAUAUUUACUUGCCCAACCAAACCAUAAAGUAUCAACUGAAAAGAAGGAAGAGGCGAUUAUUGGUUUUUUGAGAAUGUUAAGUCAAUAA